AUGAUCAGAGAAGACGUAGGCAAGGCCUUUAGCAUGCAUAUAAAAAAAACAUCAGUUAUGUUUGACAUCAACUUCCGCCUUUUCAAAGGCGAGGAGAUGGAGGCUGGGGAGAUGGAGAUCUCCUCCCUGCUAGACAUCAUCAUGCAGAACAUAAAGGUGAAAAUAAGCAAAAAAAUCUCGAUUUCCACAGCUGACCAGGCCUACCAAAUCAUUCGUCUUGUAGUGAGAGAAAUUCUCGAGAGCCAGACAAUCCCCGAGCUUUAUAAUCUCCCCAAAACCAUAAGAAAGGAAGACCACACAAUGGUGUGUGAUGCUGUGGAGGCGCUAAUUGAAUCUGGCAUACUGGACAGUGUGUGCAAAAGGCUGUUUGCUCUGUGUGAGAAUGCCAAAGCCAUCCCGGGGCUAUCGUUGCUAGAGUAUUUGAGGCACGUAAACGCAACACUGUGCGAGAGGCGGUUCAUAAAUCAAAAAUACAACGAGAUCUUGGAGAAGUUCUAUCACGAGCACAAAGAAAUGAAAAAAGACAGAAUAUUAGGGCCUGCCCAUGCUAUAUACCUCUUUAGAACAAAGAUGAAUCAUUUCGAAUCCCACAUAGACUCUUUGUUGAGACAAUUGGGCCUGCACGGCAGCGAAAUUGGGUGCUACUUCUCACGGAAAUCCCGAAAACCAUGUCUUGAAUCUAAUGAUUAUGACUUUCUGCUAUUCAUGCAUGAGUAUAGAAAGGAGCUUACAAACAUUUUCCAAAAAAUCCACAAAAUAACUGAUGAUGGAUACAGGUAUUCAAAUAUAAACUAUCUGCUGCACAGCCCAAAGCAAACGCGCGCUUAUGAGAUUAAACAUGCUAGGGAAAACUGUGUUGACGCGGUCAGUGCCUACAAGAUGUUGCAGUAUGAAAUCUGCAACAGCCCCAUGAGGAAAUACAUCCUGAAUAAGCUGGCGCACUUCAAUAUGGCGAUAGCCCCUGCCGAAGCCAGCAGCCAGACCCACACUGGGAAUCUGCCUGUGCCUGCAAAAAAGCGCUCGCUGCUAUACGUGCUCUGGUUUGUGCUUCUGAGCAUACUCAUUCUGGGCAGCGCUUUUGCAUGCAUUAAAGCGGAUGACUUCAAGAGCAUAGUGCAUGCAGCCCGCAUUAAAGGGAACGACCUAGUAAAGUUUCUACAGGAGCUGAAAGAAAGGAAAUGGACGCUUCCGUCUAUUCCCAUCCAUUCUAUCUUUAAGAAUUCAUAG